AUGCUCAGAUUAUCCUCAAACUCCUCAGAUUAUCCUCAAACUCCUCAGACUACUCCUCAAACUACUUCUCAGAUUAUCCUCAAACUCCUCAGACUACUCCUCAAACUACUCCUCAGACUACUCCUCAGAUUAUCCUCAAACUCCUCAGAUUAUCCUCAGACUCCUCCUCAGACUACUCCUCAAACUCCUCAGAUUAUCCUCAGACAACUCCUGAAACUACUCCUCAGACAACUCCUCAGAUUAUCCUCAAACUCCUCAGAUUAUCCUCAGACUCCUCCUCAGACUACUCCUCAAACUCCUCAGAUUAUCCUCAGACAACUCCUGAAACUACUCCUCAGACAACUCCUCAGAUUAUCCUCAAACUCCUCAGAUUAUCCUCAAACUCCUCAGAUUAUCAUCAAACUCCUCAAACUACUCCUCGGUCUAAUCCUCAGACUCCUCCUCAGAUUAUCCUCAGAUUAUCACUUUACAUAUAUAUAUCGAUAA